ACGAAAGUACAUGCAGUCAUGUUGAUUCAAAACUUAAAGUUAAUACUGGUUGUGUACAGGAUAACGAACUUAGCUGUGGGCAUGACUUUGUCAGGGAACGGGACAUCGGGAGGUUUUACAAUCCAAGAGAACUCUCCCCUGCAACUGACGUGUUCUUCGUCUUCCGAUACUAUGUAUGUAAUGUAUUAUAGAAGAUAUACGGAUAAAUCUCCCGAUAUUAUAACCGCAGUAGGGUACGGCUCAUCAGGAUGUGCCACGGACCCCACACCGCCGGCUUACCUUAGCUGCUCCUGUGUCAGUAGGAGGGAGUACGUCUGUGUCAUCCGGAACGUCACCAGAGCUAUGAACGGGGACGUUUGGUUUUGUAAUCCUCCAGGAGGAAAUAACAACGAUUUCAGUGGGGAUCAAACAAUCGUCGUAACAAGUAUGGGCGUGACUUUGUCAGGGAACGGGACAUCUGGAGGUUUCACAGUCCAAGAGAACUCACCUCUUCAACUAACGUGUUCUUCGUCUACCGAUACUCAGUAUGUAACCUAUUCUAGAAGAUAUACGGAUAAAUCUCCCAAUAUUAUAACCGCAGUAGGGUACGGCUCAUCAGGAUGUGCCACGGACCCCACACCACCGUCUUACCUUAGCUGCUCCUGUGUCAGUAGGAGGGAGUACGUCUGUGUCAUCCGGAACGUCACCAGAGCUAUGCACGGAGACGUUUGGUUUUGUCUACCCGCUCGAGGAAUUAUAAACGAUGCCAAUGGGGAUAAAGCAAUCGUCGUAACAAUUGGUAUAACCACGGUGUCUGUGGUAUUUCCGGCGGGCAGCUCCGUGUCCGUCAUUGAAAACACCACCAGACAGUUCCGUUGUGAGACAUCUGCCGGGAACCCACAGGCCACCAUGGAGUGGUACAAGGAUAACGGUACACCGGACAGGACGGAUGACACUCUGAUUAUUUCCGGGACAGAGACAGACACUAGAGCAAGUGGUACUGUCAUUGUGACUAUCGGUAAACUCACGUUGACUGCGCAUAGAAAUGAUCAAGAAGUUCGCGUCUACUGCAGGGCAAACAACGGCGGGGAUUGGCAAUACUCCUCCAGCGUUGUAUUAGAUGUUCAGUAUGAACCGUCCACUCCGACAGUAUCCUACAUUGGUUUCGAGGUUACCUCCCAUAUACGGGUAAUAUCCGGGCGUUCAAUGACGCUCACAUGCAGUAGCACGGGAAACCCGAGCCCCACUUACACCUGGACAUACCCUGGUGGAGGCCCACAUAGUGGCCCCACGCUCACACUGGCCAGCGUGCUGCAAACACACACCGGAGGUGUAACGUGCACAUCAAUAAACACGUUGUCACCUACAGGAGGGAAAGCGGUUGAUAAGAUACAACAAACAACAAUCUCUCUUCAAGUUCUAUAUCCUCCCAGAAGCCCAACGUGCACCAUCAGUGGAACGUCUAUCUCGACCACUGCCAUACUAGUGGAGGGCACAGAUUAUACCAUCAGCUGCAUUAGUUCCGCCAAUCCCCCCCUUAUUGCGUAUUCAUGGUCAACUCCGGGCCGUGCACAGGUUUCCGGAGCCAAUUUGACCCUGAUCAAUGUCCAGAACACCGCCGACCAAGGCCAGUACACCCUGACAGUCACAAACACAAUGGAUGCCACAAUAGGAAACACGGAAACGGGAACAAGCAACACAUCGUUUUUGUUGAAUAUACAAUUUGAAAUUUCCACCCCUAUUGUAUCUUACCGGGGUUUCGCGAUAAUCUCCCACGUGCGCGUCAUAUCCGGACGUUCGAUGACGCUCAACUGCAGCAGCUUGGGAAACCCGAGCCCCGCUUAUGCGUGGACGUACCCUGGUGGAGGUUCACAUGUUGGCCCAAACCUCAUAUUUACCAGCGUACAGACCACACUCGCCGGAAAUGUAACGUGUACAGCCUGGAAUACACUGUCACCUACUGGAGGAACAGCGUUGGUUAAGACCAAGCAAGCAACCGCGAGUCUCCAAGUUCUAUGUCCACCUGACUCGCCUAGAGGGUUCAAGGUUAUUCCAAAUACAAUCACGAGCUACAGCGUUGUACUUACAUGGAUUCCAGGGUUUAAUAAUGGUCUUCUGCAAACCUUUCACAUAUCAUAUCGGCCUUCAAUACCCUUUGCAGACUGGCUUGAGAUGAAUGUCACACAUACAGGAGAGACUGAGAUGAACGUUACACUUGACAAUUUAGAGCCAGGAGAGUCAUACAUUGUCGAAUUGUAUGCAUUAAAUUUAGAAGGGAAAUCUGCGAUAACGAACAUAACGUUCAGCACCUUGACGCAUACACCAUCAGAAAUCAGCCAUUUAAAAACACAGACCUCUACAAUUGCUGGUGGUGUUACAGCUGGGAUUGUAUUGAUACUGGGUAUUUCGGUAGUCAUCUUUGUUUUUCGAAGAAAAUAUUCUGUAUCGUGUGCCUUCAAGCUCAACCCCAAAGAAGAUUCACCUUUAAGUCAUACCGGACAAGGUACUGGAAAUCCAGGAUAUAACGCUGCGGUUACGUACGAAGAGAUGUCAAUGACAAAUAACAAGACUGUUUAUGACACUCUAGAUAUUGGAAACGACGGAUCCAAAGCAUCACACGUGUUUACGAGUUUGGAUGAUUCAAAGUCUAAUGAAUACUACGAGAAUGUCAAAACAGAGGAUCCCGUUUACAACAACACGUCACUGAAAACCCCGGUGCAGAAAGUGCUCUAGUGGUCAAUUAACUGUAGCUGAAAGCAUAGAUAGUCUACACUUUUAAAAACUUUUUAGUGAUUUAUUCUCGUAUUUUGCCAGAUCGUGUAAGACCAAAACCAAGAACCGAUUUGUAAAAUGCGGUAAACCGAUAUGACAUAAUAGUUGUGUUUUUAAAGUUUUAUGUUCAUCGACGUAGAACAAAAGAAAGGAACAACCUCUUGGACAUUUUUGUCAGUAAUCUCCGUUAUAGUAUAAUCUCCAGAAUACCUAAAACUGAUCAAACUCAUCUUAUAAUUGUUAUAGAUCAUUCGUUAGUCGCAUGUUCACACACAUAAAUAAAUACAGAGCUGCACAUUUGAAAUGGAAUUCGAUUUAUAUCUAUUUUAUGGAUACUUUUUGAAAACAUUUAUAUUACGCAGUACAUUGUUUGUGUUUCUGUUAAUAGUGCAUGUAUAUACAUAAUGCUAUGUUUUUCUAAUGUACACAGAUUUAUAAUAAAAAAUAUAUCAAUGAA